AUGACGCCGCUCAAGAUAUACCUUAGUCCGAACCACUCAAUAGCAUCUACCUCCGGUGGAGAUGCUGAAGGGGUAGGAUGGCGAUUCCAGGACUGUUGUGGCAGUGAAGACCACACAAAGCCGCUGGUCGUUUCCACGGCGAAGUUACCUUCGUCUUCUUCUGGACAGCUCAAGUUGGAGGAUAUCGACCAGAACCUCAUGCGCUUCAACGGGCCCGACGACAUGGAUGAUCCUCAGAACUGGUCUAGGAACUACAAGUGGUUCGUUACAAUGAUUUGUGCUUUCAUGACGGUGAACGUGACUUUUGCAUCGUCCGCUCCGACCGCGUCAACUCAGCUCAUCGCGGAGAAGUUUGGAGUGACGCUUGAAGUCGCAAACCUCUUGACCAGCUUAUUCUUACUUGGUUAUGUUGCCGGACCAAUCCUAUGGGGGCCUGGCUCGGAGGUAUUCGGACGUCGUCCAGUAUUUAUAGUCACCAUGACUUGUUACACGCUCUUUAUCCUCGGUCAAGCCCUCGCACGAAACACCGCAACACUCCUUAUCACCCGCUUCUUCUCCGGAUUCUUCGCCUGUGCACCCCUCACGAACGCCGCUGGGCUCAUUGCGGACAUCUGGGACCCAAUUCUGCGCGGUCCGGCAACAUCUAUCUUUGUCAUGAUGGUCUUCCUAGGGCCUGUACUCGGCCCCGUUGUGGGUGGGUUCAUCGCUCAGGAGACUGGCGACUUUCGCUGGGUCUUCUGGGUGAUGUUCAUCUUCGCGGCUGUGGCAUCGACACUCGCGAUUGCUUUCGUGCCGGAAACGUACGCGCCUAGGAUCCUGGAACUGCGCGCGAGACGACUACGGGCCGAGGAUCCGGUGAACAACCAACAUCUAUAUGCGGAAGCCGAGCGUCAUGGCUUGGAUAUCACGUCCUUCAUGGACCGUACCAUCAAGCGACCUUUCGUCAUGCUCGCCGUGGAACCGAUACUGCUCCUCAUAACCAUCUACAUCUCAGUGCUGUAUGGCAUCUUGUACGGGUUGUUCGAGGCGGUGCCUAUCGUCUUCAGCAUAAAACACGAUUUCACUGUCGCACAGAGCGGCCUUACGUUCAUCGGUGUUGGGGUUGGAGUCAUUCUCAGCUGCGCCAUCGCUAUCCACAAGUCUAGGAUGUACGGAGCCCUUGUUAAAGAAUGGAGAGGACACCCUCCUCCCGAGAACCGCCUUCAAGGCGCUAUGGUCGCUGCCCCCGUCAUGGUUAUAGGCGUUUUCUGGUUUGGAUGGACCGGGAACUAUCCCAACGUUCAUUGGGCGGCUCCUGCUGUCAGCCUGGUUCUUGUAGGGUUUAGCGUGACGCUCAUAUUCAUCUCCUUCGUUAGCUAUCUCGUGGACACCUACCUGAUGCACGCCGCAUCAGCUCUUGCAGCUAAUACCAUCGUGCGCUCGGCCAUCGCGGCAGCCUUCCCGCUCUUCACAACACAGAUGUACGAGAGGAUGGGCGUACAGUGGGCGAGCACGCUCAUCGGCCUCAUUGCGCUGGUGCUCGCGCCGAUCCCAUUCUUAUUCUUCAAAUACGGCGCGAGGAUACGGAGAAGGUCUCAGUUUGCGCCGUGCGCAGAUCUGAAGCUUGUUGAAGUUUCUGCGCAAACGCUGGGAAGUGUGAAGAUCGCGAUGGUUGAGCUUCCGCACCGGUCCGCUGUUGGCGCGAGUGUUUGA